AUCCUCAACGUGCGUGCUAUUAAUGGUUCCAUUCAGUGAGACGUCGCCACCCCAAUUGUGCCAUACUCUCUUCCCUAUUAUCGUGACGCUGGUCAACUGCCAGGGCCUCUUCAUGAUCAAAAUGAGAUUGAACAGGCAACACGAACCCUCCCCAAGAAAUCAGAUUAUGGUGGGCGCCUAGUCGUAAUCAGAGACCAGUAUGUGGUGAAAUACGGCCCACUGGUGACGGAGAAUGAGGGAUAUGCUCUGCUCUUUUGUCGAAGAAUGACUCAAUAUUCCAGCCCCCCGACUCUAUGCCAUGUAUCGCGAUCAAGACACCCUAUAUAUCGUGAUGAAAUACAUCCCCGCCAUGUCUCUAGGGACGGCGUGGCCCUCAAUCACCGAAGCAAAUAAAUCUUCGAUUGUUGAACAACUGCGAUGCAUUUUUGAUCAAAUGAGAGCGCUGCCAUCGCCUGGAUUUUACGGCAGUGUCAACCGAGGACCCGUUCCCCAUAGGUAUUUCUUUUCGGGUGAAAGAGACCCUGCUGUGACCGGCCCUUUUCAGACAGAAGAAGAAUUCGGAAAAGCCAUCACGCUUCGCUCACAAACUAUGUGGAUUGAAUCAAAUAUUCAUAGCUUUUUCUCCGACUAUCUUGCUCGUCACCUUCCAUCAGCACUUCGCAAUCACCCGCCUAUGUUCACCCACGGAGAUCUCUAUAGAGAGAAUGUUCUUGUCAGAAAGACCGUUGAUUCUGUCACGAAUGAAGAAGCGUAUGAAGUAGCUGCUCUUGUGGACUGGGAAGCGGCUGGCUGGUAUCCUUCCUACUGGGAAUACGCCCAUAUUUUCCCCUUAUUGCAGUGGACUGAUGACUGGCCGGCGUAUGUUGAGAAGAUUCUUGAUCCCUUGCCAAUGGAGGGCGUCAUUAUGCGGCUGGUCUUUAAUGACCUGGAGUUCUAACGUGAGAUGAUAUCACAUUAACCCGGAUGUCUUUGUUUGGUCCUAAUGAAUGGUCUAAUGGGUGAUUUGAUGUCCAUCAUACUCGGACUCAGAGCUCAAUAGUCGAAGUCUUGAUUAUGCUCCAUUUGUUUCAGAUGAGUGGUUUCCAUUUCGAAGAUUCCCCCAGCCUUGAUCAAGCCUCGUCAAUUUAAUAGUUCGCCCCUCAGGAACAUUUUAAGAAGCCUGAACACUCGAUAUCAUAAUGAUAAUCCAGAUUAAAACAGUGCAUCUUCUCCAUUUUCAGUCCCACCCCUUCUGGAUCCGCAUUAUGAAUUAGCGCCAUGAAGAUCCCGGGCAGUAACCAGUGCGGGUUGACUAUGAAGGUAAUAAUAAUGAACAGGAAAGGUGGACUGUUAGUUAAGAAUCACCCUUCUAUCCCUCUACAAAUUAGC